GGCAUGAACGAAGCUUGACCUCACCUUGGCCAUCCGCGAGCUGUUCAAAGUGUUCGGCCGCCGAUGCAAUCAAGAAUUGCAGGGUCGAAGUUCAUCUUUUCCUCUGGAAUCGUAACUUGAGCCGAACUGGCGCGCCGUUUGAGUUAUCUUUCAGCUGUUAUCUUAACGAAGUCAAGUACGAAUGCCUCCUUUUUAGUAGUCUGAUGAGACCAAUUAGCUCGCUUUACUUUGAGUACAACUUCGUGAACGAGACGUGAGUGCACCCAAAAUCCGUUCUUUCAUCUGUCCAGCGAUUUGCAAUGACUAAACAUUACUGAAAAGGAGGGAAAUUUCUUGUUUUUCUGAAGUAGGAGGAGAUGGCUUGUAGGCGCAGUUUGUCCACCACCGGAACCUUAAUUGCCAGAAGGCUCCGCCUGUCAUUCUUUCACAUUCACCGUGACAACCGUGAUGAAGCAAUUUGUUGUUCUCCUGAAAGGGUUUGUUCGUCUCAAUCCACUUUAAUCAACUCAUUGCCCCGAGCUUCUUCUGGGUCAAGGAAUCUUCUCGGCCCUCAAUCAAAGGCGAGACGGGGUUUGUUGUUCAUGCUGCCUCCUGGGAUCAGCUCCUCUCUGUGUAGAUUUAUGUCCAAUGCAAGCGGAGAUGAAGGCUCGUUUAAGAUUGAUGAUUUUGUUAGGGAAGUAACCACCGAGAAGGUGAUGGAUGUGGUCACUCCCCAAUCUUCUGUUAUGAGUGAGGUGGCACUUGCUGCGGCAGACUCUUCUUACCCUGUUGCCGCAAUUGAGUACUUGAUUGGUGCAGCACAUUCAUUUACCGGCUUGAAUUGGUGGGCAUCUAUAGCCUUGACAACUGUAUUAAUCAGAGGAGCAACAGUUCCACUUCAAAUAAAUCAAAUGCGUUCUACUGCAAAACUCAGUUUAAUGAGACCGCACGUGGAAGAGUUGAAUCGAACAGUGAGAGAGACGGCAAAUGCUCCUGAUGCUGCGUCCAAGUACCUGCAAAGAUUCACGUCAUUAUUCAAAGAAUAUGGAGUCAGUCCAUUCACUCCUCUGAAAGGAAUCCUGAUUCGAGGUCCCAUCUUCAUUAGUUUUUUGUUUGCUAUAAGAAACAUGGCGGAAAAAAUUCCGUCUUUUCAAACUGGUGGAAAUCUCUGGUUUGUCAAUCUGGCCACUCCAGAUAGCCUUUACAUCCUACCAAUCCUGACAGCUCUGACCUUCUGGAUUGCUGUGGAGUUCCAUUUGGAAGAAGGACUCGAGGGAACUGCUGUGGCUGGUAACCUCAAAAAUUUCUUUAGGAUCCUCACUGUUCUCUCAGUUCCAGUUAUGAUGUGUUUCCCAAAGGCGAUGUUUGGCUAUUGGCUUACCUCCAAUCUUUUCUCCCUCGCAUUUGGGUUAGUGGUAAAACAGCCAGGAGUCAAGAAAUUCCUGAAAGUUCCUGAGGCACCGGUUUCACCUGUGUCUGCAUCGCAGCAAUUCUCUCAAGCCCCUAGCUCAAGAGAAAAAGAUGAUGGCAAUGAAACAAAACUAAGAUAGAUGAGAGUGAAAGCAUUUAUUUGCUAUGGUGUAACUUUGUCCUUUAGCCCUUUACUGAACGACAGGAGCUCUAAUUUUGUUGUAGUCCCCACCCCAAGCCAAUUUGUUUUCUGACAAAUUUUUAGUGAGGAAAAAGGAAAUUGUUAAAUAAUUUGAGUUUGCUUUGUAGUGUGUACCGUCAACUGAGUCAAGUAAAGUUGUUGCGACUCUUAUCUGGAACAAUGAUGAGCCAUUUUGACCCGAGUAUUAUUGGAAAAAAGAUUUUGGAAGGA